AUGGCAACAAGAGAAUGGAGGAAUCGAACAGAUCUCACAGAAUUUAUCCUCUUGGGAUUCAAUGAUGUGCCUGAAUUACAGAUGUUCUUCUUUUUUGUCUUUCUCCUGAUCUACACAGUAACAGUGGCUGGGAACCUUCUCAUAGUAAUGCUUAUUGCAUGUGAUCGGCAUCUUCACACCCCCAUGUACUUUUUCCUGGGGAAUCUUUCGUGCCUGGAAACUUUCUAUAGUUCAACUAUCUUGCCAAGGAUGAUCAAUGCCUUCUUAACAGGAGAUAGAACCAUUCCAAUUUGGGGUUGCUUUUUACAAUAUUAUUUCUUUGGAUCUCUGGUGGGUUCAGAAUGUUAUUUACUGGCUGCCAUGUCUUAUGAUCGUUUUUUAGCAAUUUGCAAGCCGCUUCAUUAUUCAGUCUUAAUGAAUAAUACACUUUGUGUACAGCUAAUGAUGUCAUCAUGUAUAAGCUGUUUUCUACUUAACAUCAUAACGACAUAUUUGAUGUCUCGCUUAUCAUUUUGUGGCCCUCAUAUACUUGACCAUUUCUUUUGUGAUUUCACCCCAGUGAUAAUGCUUGCCUGUGAGGACACUCAUAGAAUGGAAUUCAUGGCUUUCAUCCUCUCUUCCCUGAUAGCCCUUAUUCCAUUUAUUUUGACUGUGAUGUCGUACAGUUUUAUCAUCUCCACUAUCCUGACAAUUCCCUCAACCACAGGUAGACAGAAAGCCUUUUCAACCUGCUCUUCCCACCUUACCAUAGUUACAGUUUUCUAUGGGACUCUGGUCAUAGUCUACAUGUUUCCCAAAAAUAACACACUGAAAGACCUCAACAAACUGUUCUCUGUCUUUUACACUGUUUUAACGCCCAUUGCCAAUCCCAUUGUUUACUGUCUGAGAAACAGAGAAGUAAAAGAGGCUUUGAAUAAGCUUACCAGUCAAUUGUGUAUUUUUUUUUAA